GAGACACCAAGCAAGACACGCGACACCGGACACGUUGAUCUCCGUAACAAGGGAAAAAAAAAGUCCAAUAUUGCGUUCCGGUGUGCGUAGUAUUAUUAGGGGGUAGACGGGUCAAACACAGCAUCGCGGACAGGUAGGUAGGUUAGAGUCGGAGAUUUCCAAGGUGGUGAGGGGGGGGCGCGAGGAGUAAGAAACAAGGUAGCAUCGAGGUCUUCAGCGCCCAUGCAUCUCAAAAGCAUGCAUAAGUAGGUAUGAAGAAAAAUGGUCCGAAUCUGCAUGACAAGUAUCGACGAAGUGGGUGGGUGGUAUUGAGUUAAUCGAGCUGAACUAACCGCCCACAAAAAUUGGCCAGGGGGGGGAGAGAGGAAUCCUGGGCCAAGGUUAAGGUUGUCAAUUGUGGCUCGAUCGAUAUUCUCAACAUCGCACUCCUCAGAUCCAGAUUCGCUCUCCGGCUCUGCUACUCGUCGGCCAUCCAUGGGGUAGUUUCAAGAGGUGGCUUCAUCUGAGAGCCAGCCCCCCCUAUUCCAUCCUCAUUCUCCCUGAUUCUUCGAAGCAUUUUUACCACGUGGUUUCCUCGCUCUUCGUGCGACCUCCCAUCUCUUCAUUCGUUCCUUAGUAAUAACACUAUACACUCAAUACAUCUGGCACAGCCUCUGUUCUACGACCAUGGAUUCUGAUAGCGAGUCGAAGGUGGCCAUGCACGCGCAGCCCGGAGUCGUUUCUUCCGUCACUUCGGCACGUGACUCUAGAGAUGAUGCUGCUCUCGCGCGUUUGGGGAAGAAACCUGUGUUGAAGAGGAACUUUGGCUUCUUGACGAUCCUGGGGUUCAGUUGCACGGUGCUCAUCACUUGGGAGGGUUCGUUGAUUACGUUCCUGGCAGGGUUACAGAAUGGCGGGCCAUCUGGAAUCAUAUACGGCUUUCUCGUUGUCUGGGUCGGGACGCUUUCCACCUUCAUCACGUUGUCAGAACUGGCUUCGAUGGCACCGACCUCUGGCGCCCAGUACCACUGGGUCUCCAUGCUUGCACCACCUAGCUAUAGGAAGAUCCUUGGGUACCUGACGGGAUGGUUGACACUUACAGGCUGGCAGUCACUAGUGGCGUCUGGUGGCUUCGUUACGGGCACCAUGAUCCAAGGCCUCAUCCUACUCACUCAUCCAGAAUACGCAGAGAACUAUCAGAAUUGGCAUGGGACGCUCCUAUUUUGGGGUGUCAUGCUCGCUGGUUACGCAAUCAAUGCAGCUAUCGGUGUUCUUCUCGCUAGGUUCGAGGGUUUUGUAUUGAUUCUUCAUAUUCUUGGAUUUUUUGCUGUUAUUUUCCCAUUAGCCCUUCUGAGCCAGCAUAAUACGCCUGCUGAUGUGUUCGAUACAUUUCUGAAUCUUGGUGGCUGGCAAACACAAGGCUUGUCUUUCAGCAUUGGCAUUAUGGGCAAUGUGUUCGCAUUCCUUGGAGGUGAUGGCGCUAUCCAUAUGUCAGAAGAGAUUCGUAACGCUGCUGUGGUUAUACCUCGCUCCCUUCUCACAGGUCUCGCAAUCAACGGGACAUUAGGCUUUGCCAUGUUGAUCGCUACCUUGUUCUCAAUCGGCGAUAUCGACCAAGCCCUGGCCGAGAACCCUCAAUACCCUUAUAUGGCCAUCUUCAAGCACGCUGUAGGAUCUACGGCCGGCGCGGCGGUAAUGGCUGCCAUCAUCGUGGUGAUGUCAUUCAGUGCUACAACUAACUGUAUAGCGUCGACUUCGCGAUUGUACUGGGCCUUCUCGCGUGAUCGGGCAUUACCUGGAUACACAUACUUGAAGCAAGUUAGUUCUCGCACUGGAAUUCCCAAAUACGCUGUUCUUGUUACGACAGUCAUUGCGAUUCUUCUGUCGCUAGUCAACAUUGGUGACUCGACAGCGUUCAACGGGGUGAUUUCCAUCUCUAUUGCCGGCUUGUUUGGGUCUUACUUCAUUGCUGCUGCACUACUUCUCUACCGCAGAACGACGGGCGGGAUCCGACUGCGACAGGAUGAUGAUGUGCUCACCAACACCAUGGGCUCAGAUUUGACCUGGGGCCCCUGGCGACUUCGUGGGCCGAUGGGUAUCGCCAACAACGCUUUUGCCUGCGCCUAUCUCCUUUACAUUUUCUUCUUCAGCUUCUGGCCUUCGGGUCGCGAAGUUACAGCAGCAACUUUCAACUACUCCGUGUUAGUCUUUGGAUCAGUUCUCUUGUUCUGUCUGGUAUACUAUGCGGGGUGGGCGAGGAAGAUCUAUACUGGCCCGAUCGUUGAAGUGAAUCACUAGAAUCACCUAGCGUAUGGAGGUUAGAAUAUCUGAGUUUGACGACUAGCGACUGGGAGGCAAAUCUGAAUUGUAACGUUAAAACUUCUGUUGUACGGAGGUCCUAAUGGUAGCGAAAGCCUAACCCCUUGACCACCUUGUUCUUUAAACCUAUUUAGUGGAUGUACAGAUUAUCAGCGUAACUGGGACUGGAAAUAAAUGAAAAUGAUAAGAGCAGUUUAUUGUUUUCUGGAAGAUGCGAAAAAGCUAUGAAGUCUCUCUCCUCAGCAUCUUGCCUGACUUUGUUUUUGUCCAAGAUGAAUAGCCAUAUCGAUAGCUGGCACCACAGAUGUUAAUGACCACAUUUCACGUCGUACGUCCGCUUGAUUUCAUAAUCAUCUUGAG